AAGCGAUGUCAGAUCGCCCUCCAUAAGCCUGAGGCUGAGGAGCGGGGAAAAGUUUUGAAGUUUGAAGUUUUUCGUAUCUGCGAGUGAACUUGAUUAUUUUGUUUACGUACGUGCAAUAAGCCGACCGCAAUAAAAUGAAAAUUCGGACUAAUAAUUUUUCAUCUUUAUAUCGCAUUUUUGAAUGCGAUCUAAGAACAAUAAAAUCGUGUUUCCGGGCUAUUACUGUACCCGAUAGAUUGUACAGUGAUGACAGCCGUGUGGAGGCGGCGGCCUCAUUAAGCGACCUACAUGGUCGUCGACACAACUACCUGCGAAUAUCUCUCACUGAGCGAUGCAACCUGCGAUGCAAGUACUGCAUGCCGGCGGAAGGCGUGCCCCUGUCCAGUCGCAGCUCGCUGCUGUCAGUGGAAGAGCUGCGGGUGAUAGUGGGCGCGCUGGCGGCCGCCGGCGUGGACAAGCUGCGGCUCACCGGCGGGGAGCCGACGCUCAGGAGCGAUCUCGCCGAUAUCAUACAGUCGCUGAAGGCCAUCGACGGCAUCCGCUCGGUGUCCAUGACGACCAACGGGCUGGUGCUGGCGCGGCGCCUGGCCUCGCUGCAGCGCGCCGGCCUGGACGCCGUCAACGUGUCGCUGGACACGCUGCGCCCGGACCGCUACGAGGACAUGGCCAGGAGGCGGGGCCUGGCGCGCGUGCUGGCCGGCCUGGACCUCGCGCUGCAGCUCGGCUACUCGCCAGUCAAGAUCAACACCGUGCUCAUGAGAGGUUUCAACGAUGACGAGAUCGGCGACUUCAUAGAGAUGACCCGCGAGCGCGACCUCGAGGUCAGGUUCAUAGAAUUCAUGCCAUUUGCCGGCAACGAGUGGAAGUCGGGCCGCCUCGUGCCGCACCGCGAGGUCCUGCGGGCCGCCCGCGCCGCGCACCCCGGCCUGCGCCCCCUGCCCCCGCGCCCCAACGACACCGCCACGCUGUGGAAGGUGGGCGGGUACGCGGGCACCGUGGGGUUCAUCUCGUCCAUGACGCAGCACUUCUGCGCGACCUGCAACCGACUGCGCCUCACCGCCGACGGGAACCUCAAGGUGUGCCUGUUCGGGGCCGCGGAGGUGUCGCUGCGGGACGCGGUGCGGGGGGGCGCGGGCCCGGCGCGGCUGCUGCAGCUGGUGCGCGCCGCGCUGCACAACAAGAAGGCCGCGCACGCCGUAGCGCGAGCUCGGUCCGGGCGGCGCGAGGAGGCGGGCGAGCGACGGGGGGCCGGGGGGUGGGGGGCGGCCAACCUCCGCACUCUCGCUGAUCCUUCCUCUACUUAUAGGAAUGCAAAAUUUGGCGCACAUGGAGAACCGGCCCAUGAUUCUCAUAGGCGGGUAGGUGACUUAACCUCGAGAGACGGGCGCGCGUUCAAAGUACAGGGGGUCGGGGGGAGCGGCCGGCUACAGGCGCGCGCUUACUGCACGGGGGGGUCGCGGGGGUCCGGGGGGUCCGAGCCGCCCGCCCGCCUCUCGCACCUGGACGCGCAGGGCCGCGCCCGCAUGGUGGACGUCAGCUCCAAGCCGCGCACGCAGCGCGCCGCCGCCGCCGAGUGCGAGCUGCGCGUCGGCGGCCGCCUGCUGCGCCUGCUCCGGGACGCCGCCAUGCCCAAGGGAGACGCGCUCACCGUUGCCGAAAUCGCGGGAGUGCUGGGCGCAAAGCGCACGUCCGAUCUGAUCCCGCUCUGCCACCCGCUGGCGCUGGAGCUGGUGCGCGUGCGGGUGUCGCUGCCCGGCGGGGAGUGCGCGGCGGGGGGCGCGGUGCGGGUGCGCUGCGAGGUGGGGGCGGAGGGCCGCACGGGGGUGGAGAUGGAGGCGCUGGUGGGGGCGGCGGUGGCCGCGCUGGCGCUGUACGACAUGUGCAAGGCGGUGGACAAGCACAUGUCGGUGUCGGAGCUGCGCGUGGUGCACAAGUCGGGCGGGUCGACCCCGCGCGCCCGCUCGCCCCCGCCGCCCCUGCGCGCCCCCGACACGACCCCGCUCGACCCCAAGGAGACCUACGCGCCCACCGACCUCGCACACUUCUAACUGGUCACCACAAACCUGUGACUAGUGGGUAGUGCCGCGCCGCGGUAACGCUGUGCCCUCGCUCCUCCUCGUGCUUUACUUCGUGGUUAUGAAUUUAGCUUUUAAGGUAAUGGUGCUAUUGUACAAUAUUAACCAAGAACAAAAUUAACUACUGGAUGUUAAUAAAAAACAACGUUAAGUCUUCAAAUUUUAUUAUAAUUUAAAUACAUGUUAAUCAAAUGCGACAUUAGAAUCUUCUCACACUGGGCUCCGGCUGCGCCUCUCACGGACAUAACACAAUGCUAACGGAAUGCAGAAUGUUAGAUUGCAAUUAUUUUGGAUUAUCAUAGAACAUCAUCAUAUAUGACUGGUAUAUCAACAAACUUGAGGAACAGUCAAAGCUGUUAAAUUGUAAGACAUUUAGAUGUGCUGUGCGCGGGAUAUUAUGCGAAUUGCUCGGCCAACUAACUGUAUGGCCUUCUAAUAUUCAUUCUACUUCAUUUCGUUCCUAGAAAUAUGAGUUCGAAAUCUCAAUUGCUUUUGAAGGUUCCACCUUACCUGAACGUAACUGCUUCUUGGAAUAAAAUGGAUGUUAGUGGCGCCCGCCGUGCGGCUCCACUAGACGCCAUAGUUCGCCAGCACAACACUCAGAACUAUUUUAAGUGGAAACAUUGUAAAAAAACCUAAAUCCAUCCACUGUGGUUUCUAAUACCCCACCUGAUACAUGGAGGUAAGAAGGCAGGGCCCGACUAAAUGUAAAGUUUGGAUUACAAUAAACAUGUCAACGAAAGGACUUGCAUGCCAAUUGUUUGUUAUCCUCUGUGGUAUCAACAGUAUUGGAGAUUAGUCGUCAGACCCUUACAAGUCCAAACUACAAAAAUGAAUUUUUCAGAAAUAUAUUUUAUACAAAAUUACUUUACAUGAAAUAAAUAUUAGUACACUUUUUUUUGUUUAGUUAUUCUUUUCUAUAUUAUAAAAUAAAGUUUCUUGUUAUUC